GACCGCCAGUGACCUCGAAGGGAACGCAGUGUUGUAGCGGCCGCUCGUCCCUGACUUCGUCCCUCGCUGAAGCCCCAAGCUGUGAUAGCCUACCGGGGCGGGACCGCGGGCCGGCUCGGUGUAACGUUGAGCGGGGUCACCGCUCGGAAACGGCGGAGCUAACGUUAGCUUAGCUCAGCGACCGGCGGUCUGUCAUCGCGAAGGUUUCCGCCUACUGCAGAUGCUAAGCUAAGCUAGCCGCUGCCAUGGAUACAGCCGAGUCAAUGGUGGACAAGAAAGGAGCGUCGGCACCCUUUCACGUCAACAACGGGCCGAGCCAGAGGGGCUUUCACGGGAAUGGCAGCUGCUGUGGCGGCGGAUCGAGCACCGCGGCACCGGAGGAAGCGCAUCACCUGCACCGCGGCGGGGAGGACGCCGAGUGUAACGGCUCCCCGGCCAAGAGGUGCCGGCUGCGGAGGAGGACGGAGUCUGUGAGGCGCAGCCGACCCCCCUUCCCCUGGUUCGGCAUGGACAUCGGUGGCACCUUGGUGAAGUUGGUUUACUUUGAGCCGGUCGAUGUAACGGCAGAGGAAGAGCAGGAGGAAGUGGAAAACCUCAAGUCCAUCCGCCGCUACCUCACCUCAAACGUGGCCUACGGUAAAACAGGCGUGCGUGAUGUCCACCUGGAGCUGAGGAACCUGACCAUGUGCGGCCGGACGGGCAACCUGCACUUCAUCCGCUUCCCCACGCAGGCCAUGCCGCGCUUCAUCCAGAUGGGCCGAGAUAAGAACUUCUCCAGCCUGCACACCACGCUCUGCGCCACCGGAGGCGGAGCAUACAAGUUCGAGAACGACUUCAGGACGAUGGCCGACCUUGAGCUGCUGAAGCUGGACGAGCUGGACUGCCUUAUCCGCGGCCUGCUCUUUGUGGACCGGGUGAGCUUCAACGGGCACCCAGAGGGCUACUACUUUCAGAACCCAUCGGACACCGAGAGCUGCGUGAAGAAGACCUGCACCCUGGACAACCCUUUCCCCAUGCUGCUGGUCAACAUCGGCUCCGGGGUCUCCAUCCUGGCCGUGUACUCAGAGAGCGACUACAAGCGGGUGACCGGGACCAGUCUGGGAGGCGGCACGUUUCUUGGCCUCUGCUGCCUGCUGACGGGCUGCGAGACCUUCGAGGAGGCGUUGGAGAUGGCCAGCAAGGGCGACUCCACCAACGUGGACAAGCUGGUGAAGGACAUCUACGGGGGAGACUACGAGCGCUUCGGCCUGCAGGGCUCCGCCGUGGCCUCCAGUUUUGGCCACAUGAUGAGCAAAGAGAAGCGAGACAGCAUCAGCAAGGAAGACCUGGCCAGAGCCACACUGGUGACCAUCACCAACAACAUAGGAUCCAUCGCACGCAUGUGUGCCGUCAACGAGAAAAUCGAGCGCGUGGUCUUCGUGGGGAACUUCCUGCGCAUCAACACCGUGUCCACCAAGCUGCUGGCCUACGCCAUGGACUUCUGGUCCAAGGGCCAGCUCCGGGCACUGUUCCUGGAGCACGAGGGUUAUUUCGGAGCUGUGGGGGCCCUGAUGGAGCUGCUGAAGACCAGCGAGGAUCCCUGAAGUGAGAAACACUGCCCCGAACGCUGUGAUGUCAUCAACUUCGACGAAAGGACACACUUGACUAAAGCCAUUGUAGUAAUUUAACUCUUGUAAAUAACGCUGACCUUUGACCUUCAUCUCCUAAUCCCCCUAACGGUGUAAUCUUUAAUUUAUGGGUUCCUGUAAUCCCUCAGACCCACGGGGGCUUUUUGUGUAGCAUUACGUCGUGGAGGAGCUGAUGAACUCUGAUCAAAACAAUAGGACACCACUGAGGCAGCAGAUUUCCCACAAUGCCACAGCCCUGUGGAGGAGUGCGCCGACGCCAAAUGACGGACACAUGAGACAGGAAGCAGAGGAGCCUUUGUUUGUGUGUCUGCCUGCUUUAACAUAAACACCAUAUUGCCACACGUCACCUGACCUGCUGGCUUCAGUGGCGCGGUGCUCGUCCACGGGGUGUGAGCGCAGUGCAACGCAUUGUGGGGGGCGGGGGGGACGCUCCUCAUUAGCAUAGAGCCACGUGUGGAUACCUCCCCCCGUGGACGGUGGUCUGCCCCCUCAGCCGUGAUUGUAAGAGUGAUGGCGGGGGGGAAACCCCUCUGAGUUUUAGGAUUUUAGUCUCUGUUUUAAUGAUUUUAAUGCAGAAUAAUGAAGAUGAAUCAUUGUAUUUUUACUACUGUGGAUCCUUUGAUCCUCACAAUAUGCAAGUUGUGUUUAAGUACUCGUAGUUCUGCUUUCUAAUGCGCCUUGUUACUCUUCUUCUGUUGCCUUUAAUGUGCCCUUCGCUCUCCUGAGUGUUUAUUCAGUUGAAGCUCCAAGCACCAACACACGUCCUCAGAACCUUUUGUUGUUGUUGUUGAAUCGCACACAUCAUGUUUCCCCUUUGAACUCAUCUCAAAACGAGCCACGCGUCUCACCUCGUAGUACUUUUACACCCGACGUUGUACUAAUACACACUUCAAACCCACAGGAAGAAGUGUUUCUAUUAGUUAAACGUGUGUGUGUGUGUGUGUGCUUAAAGCAUCCACCGAAGCGUGGUGAAAUUACCCACAAUGCUAUGCAGUAUCAGUUGAUUUGACUGGUGUGUAACAUGUUCAUGUGUGUGUUGUCCUGCUGAUUGAGUCUCUCACACUACCUUCACAUGUCCCACUGUAAACACACUGUACUGGUCACCAGGCUGACCUUUGACCUUUGUCCUGUUGAACCCACCCAGCCUUGUUGUUUUUGUUUUUUGGGACACAGUGUCUUUGAUUUGUACAGAGAUUUUGUAAAUAAUAUUGAUAAGAUAUAUUCUUCACCAGCAAAUCUGUCUGUUGAUUUAGUGGUUGGGGGGGGGCUUUUGUUUUUAAAAACGUGUUUUAAUAAACCCAACGUUGUCACUUAAAUAUUCAACUCCACCUGACUGGUCGUCUGGCUCUGGGGGGUCGGGGGGGCAAGUGCUAGUCUUCUGCUGCUUUUAACUCUGGUUGGAAAUAAUCAAAAAUAGAGUUAACAAUAAGAAUGACUAGACAGAAGAAUUUGUUUGGAUUUGUUUUUCUAAAAAGGAAUUAAACUUAAAACUUGUUGA